AGUACAGAAGCACAUGGUAGCACCGGGACGGAUAAGCUGCGGAGCCCAGGGAGCUUAAUGGGAUUUUGAAUAUUUGAACUUUCCAUCAACAUGUCAAAUGACAUCAUAAAAUCAGGACACUUCGUUAAAAUGCAUCAGAAAGUUGAUCCACAACGGGCCACUACUAGAACAUUUUUCAUUGAUGCCUCUAAUCAGAGCUUGACCACCAUUCCAUCAGAGAUCUUAGAAUUAGAAGACUUAGAAGAAGUGCACCUGGAAAACAACCAGAUUGAAGAAAUCCCCCCGGGUAUUCGGCAUUUAAAGAACGUCCGGAUCCUCUACCUGAACAAGAACAAGCUGAGAAAGCUGUGCCCAGAGCUGGGCGGGCUGAGCGGCCUGGAGGGCCUGGACCUGAGCGACAACCCGCUCCUGCCCUCGUCCCUGAGCGUCCUCAGCGGCAAUCGGCGGCUGCGCGAGCUCCGCCUCUACCGCACCGACCUGGCGGAGAUCCCCGUGGACCUCUGCAAACUCCUCCACCACCUCGAGCUGCUCGGACUGGACGGAAACAACCUGAAAUCCCUGCCCAAGGAAGUUGUGAACCAGACCAAACUGAGGGAGAUCUACCUGAAGGGAAACCAAUUUGAAGUCUUUCCUCCCGAACUCUGUGUUCUCUACAACCUGGAGAUCGUUGACCUGGAUGACAACAAACUAACUGACAUCCCGGAGGAGAUUGGGAACCUGACGAGGCUGCAGAAGUUCUACGUGGCUCGCAACGGCCUGCUCCUCCUACCCGAGUCGCUGUGCCAGUGCAGCAAGCUGUCCGUGCUGGAUUUGUCCCACAAUUGCCUCCACUCGAUCCCGCACACCCUGGCCGAGCUGUCGGGGAUGAUGGAGAUUGGGCUGAGCGGGAACCAACUGGAGAAGGUGCCGCGCCCCAUCUGCAAGUGGACCUCGCUGCACCUGCUCUACCUCCGCAACACCGGCCUGCAGACACUGCGACGCUCCUUCCGGCGGCUGGUCAACCUGCGCUUCCUGGAUCUCAGCCAGAACUAUCUGGAAUGCUGUCCGCGGCAGAUCUGCGCGCUCAAGAACCUGGAGAUCCUGGCGCUGGAUGAUAAUGAAAUAUGCCAGCUACCUCCAGAUUUUGGCUCCCUUUCAAAACUGAAGAUGCUUGGAUUAACAGGAAAUCAAUUUGCUUCAUUUCCGGAAGAAAUCCUUUCUUUAGAGUCUUUAGAGAAAUUAUACAUUGGGCAAGACCAGGGAGCCAAGCUCACCUAUAUGCCAGAAGACAUUAGUAAACUACAGAAUCUUAAAGAGCUGCAUAUAGAGAACAAUCAUCUGGAGUACCUGCCCACAUCCUUGGGAUCCAUGCCUCACCUGGAAGUUCUUGACUGCCGCCACAACUUGCUUAAGCAACUUCCAGAUUCCAUUUGCCAAGCACAAGCUUUGAAAGAAUUGCUGCUUGAGGACAACUUGAUCACCUGUCUUCCAGAGGAUUUGGACAGCCUGAUGAGUCUAAAGGUGUUGACCCUGAUGAACAAUCCUAUGGAGGAACCCCCAGGAGAAGUGUGUGCUGAAGGCACCCAGGCUAUCUGGGAAUACUUGAAGAUGAAAAGAAACAUGAAUAUAAAGGCAACAAAGAUUCAGGCAUGGUGGCGCGGAAUAAUGGUCCGGAAAGGAUUGGGGAGAUUUGAAGAACUAAAAUUGCAAAAGAAAGGAAAGACUUCUCCAAAAGAUAAGAAAGGGAAAAAAAAUGGAAAAGGAAAAGCUGUAAAGAAAAAUAAGAAAUAAUUCUAUAAUGAAUUGAGGUAAUGAACCCUGAUGGAUUAAGAAGGAAAAACAUCUAGGAAUUAGAUACCUACCAUCCUGAGGUUAUUCACAGAAUUAUAGUUACGUAUAAAAAUAAAGAUUCUCACUUCGUCGAAA